GUGUUUUAUGAAGGAUUUACAGCUGUUUUUACAAAUCUUGGUAAGAGGGGAACAAAGGGUCCAGACUCAGUUGGCAGUCACUACACAGGUCAGGAUCAUGACGGACAAGUCACACUGUCCAACGGUAUUCAACUGUGGACUGUGCCACACACUGGUGAAUACAGAAUAGAAACAAUAGGAGCCUCAGGGGGGUACAGUGAGGACAGUGUCAUCAACGGAGGGAGAGGGGCGCGGAUGAUUGGAAACUUUAUGUUGACCAAAGGUGAGAACAUUAGUAUACUUGUUGGUCAAAGAGGGCAAAAAGCGUAUUCUAACAAAAAAACUGGCUCAGGCGGAGGAGGUACAUUUGUAGUAAGAGGAGAGAACAAGCCUUUAAUCAUAGCCGGAGGUGGAGGAGGAGUUGCAAAUAUGACAGAACAAUAUUCAGGAUGUGAUGCGUCCAUAAACACAACAGGGAAUGCAGGGUAUAACUCGCCAUUCCUGUCAGGAGGAAUGAACGGAUAUGGAGGACAAACUGAUGAACCGAAUUCUGGUAGGUGAAGAAUUUUCUAUUUAUAAAUACUGAAUUUUUUUGUUUUUCUUUUUCUUUUUCUUUUUCUUUUUUUUCGCAUUCUACUGCCAUCCAUCAAUAUUUCGAACAAAGAGGUGGUACUGGUCGCUUAAAUUUGAAUUUUUUUGAGAAUUACUAAAAGCCAUGAUCUUCUCAGUAGCUAAUGUCAACUGUAAAUCUCUUGAUUUUAGGUGGUGGCGGUGGCGGUGGCUUCUACAGUGAUGGAGAAAACACAGAUAUUUCUAAGGGAGGGGAAAGGGGAGGUAAAGGAUUUCUAGCCAAGAGAAAGGGAGAGGGGGGGGAGCAUAUCAGGGGUGGGUUUGGAGGUGGGGGUGGUUAUCGUCUAGAUAGUGAGCUACCUGGGGGAGGUGGAGGGUACUCUGGGGGAAGUGGAGGUGCGAAUAAAAAUAUUUCCUGUGGGGGAGGGGGAGGUUCUUUCAACAACGGAUCAAAUCAGCAAAAUGAAUGUUGUUAUAAUACUGCUGAACAUGGUAGAGUGAUCAUAACAUUUCUCCACUGA